GUUUGAAGGGAAGUCUGGUGAGCACACUGAGUUAAUGCAGCAGUACCUGCAGGGAACAGUAUUACCACCUGGAAUCCUAUUUACCCAGAGAGUUCAUCCAUCAUUUCCAUAACAACGGACUGAUUAAGCAGCUGUCCCUCUCCUCCCCCUCAGCACGUGCAACUGAAAGUGGACCCAGAGAGGCACUACGUGCGGGCACCUGCAUCUGUCCUGAAGAGCCCAGACCCCCAACACAGAGAGAAAGAGAGAGAGAGAGAGAGAGAGCGAGAGACCAUGAGCAGCAACUACAGUGUGUCCCUGCUGGGCCCCGCACCCUGGGGCUUCAGACUGCAGGGGGGCAAAGACUUCAACAUGCCCCUCACCAUCUCCAGGCUGAAUGACGGCGGCAAGGCGGCGAAGGCCAAGAUCUCCGUGGGCGACGUGGUGCUGUCCAUCGACGGCAUCACCACCGACGGCAUGAACCACCUGGAGGCCCAGAACAAGAUCAAGGCGUGCGCCGGCAACCUCAACCUCACGCUGCAGAAAGCAUCCAGUCUCCCCAAACCAGCUGGCGUGAUAAAGGAGGAGCCAUCCGAGAUCCUCAAGCCCGUCCCCAUAAACCACCCGCCCCACCCCACCGACCCCCUCCGGCUCAGGCGCGGCCGCCCCGCCUUCACCAAAAGCUCCAGGCUUUUUGGCGGUGGCCUGGUUGGUGGCGGGGAGUCGGCUAAACCCCCGGUCUGGGCACCACCUGUGGCCUCCAUCCCCUCUGCCUCAUCUGCCUUCACCCCCGCCACCUGUGCCCACCCUCCCCCGUCACACACCCCUCCACACACUACCCCCACCCCCAUCAGGCCAGGCCCAGCCCUGGCCGCGGCGCCCCCGCGCCCCCCUCCCCCACCCUCUCCAUCCCCCUCCGUCCCCCACUCAUCAGUCUACAACACGCCCAUCAACCUCUACUCCGACGACAACGCCUGCGAGGUGGCCAUGGGCCAGAGACGGGCACUGCUGGACGGUCAAGGGGAGCCCUUGCAGCUCAACGGAGUCCCCAGAAGGCCGAUCAUCGAGACGGAUAUCGGAUUCUACCACGUCCCCUCUCACAGUGACGCCAGCAGGAAACGCAUCAUGGAGGACACUGAGGACUGGCGUCCACGCACGGGCACCUCGCAGUCCCGCUCCUUCCGCAUCCUCGCCCAGAUCACCGGCACAGAGAACGAGCCAACACAGGAGGCUGUGGACGCUGAAAAAAAGACAAAGGUGAACAAGGUGAACGCGCAGGCCGCCGCCCCCAAAUACAACAAGCUGAGAGACUGGCACCACGGGGUGUCGGCGCGCACCCUCAAUGUCCAGUAUUUGGAGAAUUCACUAUACCUUAACUGUAAUAAAGAUGCUUCUGGUAAGACUCUUCCUUCUCUUGUCCUCUUUCUCCGUUUCCUUCUAUGUCAUUUCCUUUUCCUGUUCUUUUGUCUUUCUCUCCUCCGAUGUAAUUCCUGUAGGGAGACAGAGUCAGAGCAUGGACAGGGCAGAGAGGAGCCUUCAGACAAGAGCGCCACAGAGACCCUGCUCCCGUUAUGUAACGGCCAGGCUACGGAGGAGGCUGAGGCCAAGGUGGAGACGACGUCAGCCGGGGACUGUGUCCAGGUCUCGGAGGAGAUUACCCACAAUUCCCCCUCUCUCCCAGGCUCUGCCAGCAGCGCUGAGCCAGAACACUUGGCUCUGGCCCUCUGCGAAUGGUCUGACCAGACCACAGAGCCAGCCGCUGACAGUAAUAGUGCGUGUUUGUAUGAGGACAGUCCUGUGACAGACACUUCCUCUGAGGCACCAGUGCUCCUAAGUCCCUCUCUCUCUUCCCAGAGUACUGACCAACCACCACUAGAUGGCGGUGCCAUCUCAGGAGAGAACCUGAGUCUGUCUUGUGUAGUGGAGGCUUCUGUUGUUCCUGAUGAAUCCUCUGGUCAGGAGAUGAAGCGAUCUUCCACUCCCAUGCCUGACACAAACAGUCCAGCCGAGCAGGUGUUCGCUCUGGCCCCAGAUCAGACGGAGGUCUCUCUCUUGUGCGCAUCUCCAUCUCUAAAGCCCAUCGGCUCUCCAGCGCCUCUCAGAAGGGAGCUCCUGUUGAACCCUCUCGAGUUCCUCCCGCGGGGUGCCCCGUGCCCACCCCUGCCCCGUGCCCUUGCCCCCAAUGCCCCCAAUGCCCCCGGUGCCCCUGGUGCCCGCGCGGCCCCGCUGCGGGACAAGGCCCCCAUUGUGAGCGGCCCACAGGCCAGCGGCUUGAGGCCGUCUGAGGGAGGGCUCUCUCAGUCUCUGCUGGACGCCCUGCUCAUCACGCCCAUCACCCAGAAUCCCCCUCUCCGCCUGCGGAAGAACAAACGGCGCUGGGCCACCACGGUGGUCCUGCCCAAAAGCAAGAGAGUCUCCUGGCAUCAGUCUGUUGUUGACCCGGACGACCCUUCCCUUUCCUCGCCUGUAAACGCUGUCUAUAUCUUUAGCGAGGAGGUGGAGGAGCCUCAGGUCAACACCCACGGGACCUGUGCGAUCAAGACCAUGGUGAAGGGGCCAGCGGUCGGGACACCCCGCAACAAUGGCAAUGGUGCCACCACCCAGGUACUUGCCAACAAGAGCAGAGGGCCACGUGGGCCUCAUCACCCCCCACAUUUGGGGGUCCCAACAGCAGCCCCAAGGUCCCCAUCAUGGACAGGCCCGUCCCCCCAGGCGCACCCCAAGGACGAGGACUCGCUGGUGCAGAGGGCCGAGCACGUUCCCGCAGGCACCCGGACGCCUGUGUGCGCCCACUGCGACAAAGUCAUCAGAGGGCCCUUCCUGGUGGCGAUGGGCAAGGCGUGGCACCCGGAGGAGUUCAACUGCGCCCACUGCCGCACCUCUCUGGCCGACAUCGGCUUCGUGGAGGAGCAGGGCUCCGUGUACUGUGAGCACUGCUACGAGGAGUUCUUCGCUCCCGCCUGCGGCCGCUGCCAGGGGAAGAUCCUGGGGGAAGUGAUCAAUGCCCUGAAGCAGACCUGGCACGUGCACUGCUUCCUGUGCGCGUCCUGCCAGCAGCCCAUCCGCAACAACACCUUCCACCUGGAGGACGGCGAGCCCUACUGCGAGAGAGAUUAUUACAACUUGUUUGGGACCAGCUGUCAUGGUUGUGAUUUUCCUAUCGAGGCUGGGGACAAAUUCCUCGAGGCCCUGAGCUUCACAUGGCACGACACCUGCUUCGUGUGUGCGGUAUGCUGCGCCAGUCUUGAGAGUCAGACUUUCUUCUCCAAGAAGGACAAGCUGUUGUGUAAGAAGCACGCCAACACUGCCAAAAUAUGAGCUUCGGUCGUGAAGAGCUGCAGAGGAUCAGGGCGAGACGGAGAGAGAGUAAGAGAGAGAGAGAGAGAGAGAGAGAGAGAGAGAGAGAGAGAGAGAGAGAUCACAUUCUUUUGUGUGAGAGGGAGAACCUUUUUAAAGUAAUGGACAGAGGCCUGGAUCAUCUGUCUUUUUUUUCUUUCACACUAAAGUAAGACUGUCUUUGUUAAGUCCCUUGUAAAUUCAGAAUCUAGACUCCUCUCUCACCCCUAGAUGAUAAUAAAUGGAAGAAGCCAUGGGUUGAAGUUCAGUUUUUCAAACCAACUUUAGCCUAUUCAUCUUGCAGCUCAUGGCAGUGCAUUAUAGACUCAGUAUAAACAUUUUUACAAGGAGGAAAAAAGGAUUUCUUAUUAAAAAGCUGUGUUUUCUCUCUAUCAACAGGGGUGGCUAGUUUCUCUACUGUUUGUUUCCAUUCCUUUCCCCGAGUAAUUGAAUCACAGAAUUUGUGUAUAUUUCAUGAUAAUUUGCCGCCAUUUUUUUUCUCCUCUGUGUGAAUGGCAUUCUUUAAACAUCGGAGAGAAAGCUUUUUUUUCUGAGGGGGUCAGGUCAAAGCUGGACUAGUCCAUCUAGCUGAAAGUCCAUCUGUGGCUACACCUCCUCUGGAUGAAUGGAGCCUGUUGUCUGGGGUAACAGCGUUAAACAGCGACGCGGGUCGGAUCACAUGUGUCCCACGCACUUGAAAUGUGUGCUAAUAUCGUAAAUCCUCUCUGGUUCUUGUACUCCAGCAUGGCUUUCGGCUCACUCUCUUACACAUCACCAUUAUGUGUGUGUGUGUGUGUGUCAAUGAGGGGGAAGCUAACAAUACGAACAUGAAUUAUGUUAACGUGUUGGAACAUGAAGAAAUGCAGGUGCCUAAACCUUGGUUAGAGUUUAAAAUGGUCAGUUUAAAAUAAAAGUGGACAUUCAUCUUGAACUGAGUCAAUGUCAGCACCAGGUGUUUUCCAAACGCUUCAAAAAUCCAUCCAGGUCAUAGUAGGCCUACUACAUUUUGGAUUCCUUCAUAAGAAAUAUGAUGAGAUAUAAAGAAUGUGGGAAACUUCAUUAUAUUAUUUAAUUGUCAUAUGGCAUAUAUUUUUUCUUUUUUUCUCUUUCUGUUUUUUGUCUCUAACACAAAAAUAACAUAAACAGAUGAUAACCAGAUUAUAAUACCUGUUUGGCUUAAUUUGCUUUUAUCAUGUGGGUAAGGGAGAGACUCAGUGUUUUCUUUUCAGAAUUCAUUGUCAUAAACUAAUGAAAAUGUUGUGAUUACUUUACUUUCCAGAUGAUAAUGUAUUUCAAUAUUGUCAAAAGAAUAAAACAAAGAAAAAUA